AUGAGGAUCCUGCAUUUCUCCGAUCUGCAUAUCGGUGUGGAGAACUAUGGCCGCACCGAUCCCAAUACCGGGCUCUCCACGCGGUUGGGAGAUUUCCUGGAGGCGCUGGACGAGCUGGUGGAGUAUGCGCUGACCGGCGAUGUUGAUGUGGUGGUACUCGCCGGGGACGCAUACAAGGGGCGCGAUCCGACUCAGACCCACCAGCGAGAAUUGGCCCGCCGAUUGCUGCGGCUGUCAGACGCCGGCAUUGCGACUUUUCUGCUGCCGGGCAACCACGACCUGCCCGCCGCGACCGGGCGGGCCCAUGCGGUGGAAAUAUUCUCCACGCUUCAGGUGCCCCACGUGUACGUGGGAGCGAGCCUGCAAACGUACACGGUGCCGACGCGAGCGGGUCCCCUGCAAAUCCUCGCCGUGCCGUGGCCGUCUCGUGGAGCCAUGCUGGCUCGAGAGGAGUCGCGGGGUCUCAGUAUCGAAGAGAUACGUACGGAGACCGAGCGCAGGAUGACGAUGGCGAUCGCCGGCCGCGCACAGGGGAUCGACCCCGAUGAACCGGCGAUCCUUACCGGGCACGUCACCGUGAACGGGGCGACCGUAGGCUCGGAGCGGUCCAUGAUGCUGGGGAACGACCAUGUACUGAACGCGAGCGCGGUGCAACGGCCGGAACUGGAAUACGUCGCGUUGGGACAUAUCCACAAGCACCAGGUCCUGCGACCGCCGGGUGGGGACGGGCCGGCGGUCGCGUACUCCGGGAGUCUGCAACGGGUGGAUUUUUCCGAGGAAGCGGACGACAAGGGGUUCUGCCUGGUGGACAUCGAUCCUCGGGCGCCGCAAGGGCAGAGGUUGACUGAUUUCCGGUUCCAAACCAUCGGGGCGCGCCCGUUUGUGACCGUGGACGCUGCGGUGCCGGAGGUUGAGCAAAAUCCCGCCGCAUUCGUGACGCGAGCAAUCGCGAGGCACCGGGUUGACGGGGCGAUCGUGCGGUUGAGGGUCAAGUUGUCAUCGGAACAGUCGGCGAAGCUUAGGGACGCUGAUCUGCGCCCGUCGCUGUCGGCAGCGCAUUAUGUAGCCAGCAUCUCCCGAGAGGUCACCGAUGCGGAGCGCCGGCGUAUCUCGGUGGAACCGACGGAUCUCCAGCCCCUGGCUGCGUUGCGGAUGUACCUGGAGAGCCGCGGGUUCAGCUCCGAAAGGCGGGAUCAUCUGCUGGAGCGAGCCGAAGAACUGCUGUCGUCGGUGGGAACGGAGCGGGAGCAGUGA